AUGAGAUUCACGCAUACGGACCACGCGCAGACACACACGCGCUGUUCUGGCACCCAGCAGUCGGCCAUGAACACCCACUCCAUCGAUAGAGAAGAGAACCGGAGGCGCAUGAGGAACGGCGAGCUCUACUGGGCCUUUGCCCCGGAUCUCAUUGCUGACCGGAAACGAUGCAAGGCGGCAUGCGACAAGCUCAACUCCGCCGGUGAUGUGAGCCGCCGCACACUUGUCGGCCUCUGGAAAGACAUCAACGGCGACACGGUCCCUCUUCCUCCAAUGCGAGCCCGCCGGGACGAGGAUAGUGCCCUGCUCGAGAACUACCCGUGGAUUGAAACCCCCAUAAAGAUGGAUUACGGCUACAACGUAAAGCUCGGCGAAAACGUGUACAUCGGCUCCAACAGCACGUGGGUAGAUACCUGCCUCAUCACGGUGGGCUCACGCACUAUCAUCGGCCCCAACUGCUGCUUCUACAGCGGCGAGCACCCACUAGACCCCUCCCUGCGCAAUGGCACCCGUGGACCGGAAAGCGGGAAGCCCAUCACCAUCGGCGACGACUGUUACUUGGGCGGUAAUGUUAUCGUGCUGCCCGGCGUCACCAUCGGGCGCGGCGUGACCGUCGGCGCAGGGAGCGUCGUGACGAAGGAUGUGCCGGACUAUGUAUGCAUCGCCGGCAACCCGGCGCGGAUAAUCAAAAAGGUCACGCCGUCGGGCGACGGGUUGACGCCGGCGUUGUCGACCAACUUCAAUUACACCUCUACUAUGUAG